UCUAAUGUUCAUGAGGCAGACCUGAACGACUCUACAAGACUUUUCUGUUUUUCGCGCACUACUGGAGCGGCUUCUGGUUGCUGCGCAGAGAGGAUGCUUUUGUCUCUACAGCGCACACCUGGAACAAGAGAACAGUGAGUGCUUUUUGGCGGCUGAUUUCGUUGCUCAAACCAGAAGCAAAGUGAAGGACCGAGUUCCUUCCUUGUAUCACUAUUAAGGAAUGCCAUUGGACAUGAGCUUGUGACACCGGCAGACACCAGUGCAAUAAACAAUUUGGUCAUCUGCGCUCUGUCCUUGAAGAAACGUUGCAGUUUCAGCCAGGGUUUUGCACUGUGAACGCAGGAAAUUGACUCGAAUUCCAACAGACUUCACUUCUUAUUGUUAUUUAUUCAGUUUAUUUUACUGAUUUUCACUGUCACGGGUUUGCUCAUAGGGCAACAGCAAUCAACUCUCCAUCAAAUAAGCACAGCGGGUUAUCAGUCAACGUGGUUUUACGCACAAAGGCGCUUGAGCUCAAGCCGAGACAAGCGCACGGGCAGCAGCAUCAGGUGCUGUUAGGUGGACAAAUAAGAUAAAAGCACAACCAAAGAAAGCAGGGCAGUCCAAGUCCAGCCAUCAAAAUGACGGACGGUGCAAGACAACGGAGCAGCACCUCGGGUUCUGCCAAGGAAGCUGCUGGUGAGAAGGAGUCGGGAGGCGGAGUUGCGCUCAAGAAGGAAAUCGGUCUUGUCAGUGCCUGCGGUAUUAUAGUAGGUAACAUUAUCGGCUCAGGUAUCUUCGUCAGUCCGAAGGGAGUGAUGGAGAACGCCAGCUCCGUGGGAGUGGCCCUGAUCGUCUGGAUCAUCACGGGUAUCAUCACUGCCAUCGGGGCGUUGUGCUACGCCGAGCUGGGCGUCACCAUCCCCAAGUCGGGCGGGGACUACUCUUACGUCAAGGACAUCUUUGGAGGGCUGGCUGGGUUCCUGCGCCUGUGGAUCGCCGUGCUGGUGAUAUACCCGACAAACCAGGCCGUGAUCGCGCUGACGUUUUCCAAUUACGUCCUGCAGCCUCUAUUCCCCACCUGCUUUCCGCCAGAGAAUGGCCUGCGUCUGCUGGCUGCUGUCUGCCUCUUGCUGCUGACAUGGGUGAACUGCUCCAGUGUGAGGUGGGCCACCAGGGUGCAGGACAUGUUCACCGCCGGCAAGCUGCUGGCCCUCGCCCUCAUCAUCAUCAUGGGCAUCGUGCAGAUCUGCAAGGGAGAGUACUACUGGUUGGAGCCAGCCAAUGCCUUUGAGCCGUUCCAGGACUAUGAUGUGGGUUUGAUAGCCUUAGCUUUCCUACAAGGCUCCUUUGCCUACGGAGGUUGGAACUUCCUCAACUACGUCACAGAGGAGCUGGUGGACCCCUAUGUGAACCUUCCUCGUGCCAUCUUCAUCUCCAUCCCCCUCGUGACCUUCGUCUACGUCUUUGCUAACAUCGCCUACGUCACGGCCAUGAGUCCCCAGGAGCUGCUCGCCUCAAACGCUGUUGCCGUGACAUUUGGUGAGAAGCUGCUGGGAGUUAUGUCGUGGAUCAUGCCCAUUUCUGUGGCGCUCUCCACCUUCGGGGGAGUCAACGGUUCCCUCUUCACCUCUUCACGAUUGUUCUUUGCUGGAGCCAGAGAGGGCCACCUCCCCAGUCUGCUGGCCAUGAUUCACAUGAAACGCUGCACUCCCAUCCCAGCCCUGCUCUUCACUUGCCUGUCCACCCUGCUGAUGCUGUGCACCAGCGACAUGUACACUCUCAUCAACUACGUGGGCUUCAUCAACUACCUCUUCUAUGGAGUCACUGUCGCCGGGCAGAUUGUCCUGCGUUAUAAACAGCCAGAUAUGCACCGACCAAUCAAGAUCAGCCUGAUUUGGCCGGUCAUUUACCUCCUCUUCUGGGCCUUCUUGCUCAUCUUCUCCCUUUACUCUGAGCCCGUGGUGUGUGGCAUCGGCCUGGCCAUCAUGCUGACUGGCGUCCCCGUCUAUUAUCUGGGAGUCUACUGGGAAAAUAAGCCACAGUGCUUCGACGCCUUCGUUGGUAAGAUGACGCACUUGGGCCAGAAGUUUUGCAUGGUGGUUUAUCCAGCUUUAGGUGACAGCAGCGGGAACGGAGAGGAAGGAGAGGAAAUGAAGGAGGCCAUGUCUCCUCUGUCUAAGGAGGACAGAGACGCCCACAAGUCAGCGGACUGCUAAAGCGCACGCCCUUAUCUCCCACCUGCCCCAAAAGAAAUGGACAUAUGCAGACGCACACGUGGGUGCGCACACACUCAAAAACACAUGCAAACACACGACACAGUUUGUAGUGGAUUUACUGAUCAACACUUGUGCCCCCACACUACAUGUUUUUAUUUGUUUUUUAGCAAAUAUAGUAUGAGAUGUUUGGAGUAUUACGAUAUUCUCCAAUACACACUAAACAGACACAUUUAACAAUUUACUAUUCAUCUUCAUCAUCAUCAUUCUGCUUCUCUUCCUCCCGCUCCCCCUCCACACACUCCCUGCACACUCCUACUGUAAGAGAUCAUUUUUGUAGUACUUGUUUUUUUUUAUCAAAAGACUCUCACUGCACUGUGGUGGCCACACAAACACUUCUUUUCUGUUUUUGUUCUUUUCUUUGGCCACGUUGUAAAUUGUGUCAUAAAUUCAACACACCAAAGCAGUAUUUUGAUUGUCAAAGCAGAAAAUUGGAUUCAGAUCAAGUCAUUUCAUGUUGUGAAGUACACCAAGAACUAUGUUUUGGUUUUUAAAGGUGACUGUGACGCUGAAAUGCUUUUUUUGUGUAAUUGUUUAUAUAAUUUGCCUUUGUUGUUGUUUUAGUUUUAAUAUGUUAAUUUUUGGUUUGUUGAUAUUCUUUUUUUUCUAUUUAACAUCAUAUACAUCUCGGCCUAUUUUAUUUUUUUUUUUUUACUCUUGCAACCGUGGAGGUGUACACCUGGAAGCUGAUGUGUGAGCUGUUCUUUGCAUUGGUAAAUGGUUGUUUUUUUUAAUUGCCUUAAUUGGAAUAUAUUUGGGUGCCACAUUGUGACUGAUGUGGAGAGAUUGUUAAUAUUCACACUUGUUAAUGUGAUGGAAGCAACAAAAAGUGUUUAGUGUUUUGAGAGAGUUUUGGUAUGCACACUACACAGAUAAUUACCCCGUUAAAACUGCAUGUCCAAGUCCGGGUCUAUAUAGCUCAGUUGGUAGGGCAUCAGAGUUGAAAGCUGCAUGGACAUACUGUAGAUCACUAGAACCAAUAAAUAGACAAGACGUGAUAAUUUCACCACCACUCUGACACAUGUGGGAAACAGUUUUACUGCAGAAUUAUUAUUGUAGUUGUACCAUCUUGCUGUACUUUAAAUAACCUCUAAUCUUUUGAUUCAUACAAUUGACAAGAGGAGAUUUUAGUGCAAUAUUAAUGCAGACACCAGCAAAAAAAACUGAUUCAACCCAUUCGGUGUUGUCUGGUAAUAGUUAUGUAUCUAUGCUGUAUAUUAUAGUAACAACACUCCUUCACACUUCAACACACAUUGUGUACUCUUGUGUCUUUCUAUAAUCUAUCCGUGGCUCAGGGCAUCCCCACUGCCUUCUCCUUACACACACUGCCUAAAACCUCCAGACCAUGAACACUCAACAGAUCCGACUUAUUGCCUCGUUGCUAAAUGUUUGUACUGGUGCUUUUAGAGAUCUUAUGUCCUCAGGAGUCUCAAUCUUACAAGCAAUCCCAAAAAUAACUCACAGACGAUGACAGGUCUUGGCAAAAAAAAAGUUGGGCCUGUAUUGUAGUUUUUGAAGUUUCUCUUGUGAAAAUGUAAGAUGAACAGGGUGUCAUGGAUGUCUUUACAAGUACAAUGAUUGUGUUUUGUGCCUGUACGAUUAUUGUGUAUUUACAGUAAACACAGAUGUCAUGACAGUCCGCAAAUUGUCUCUUAGUAAAUAAAAACCACUGACUAAUGUUUGAAUUUGUAAUUCAGGGCCUCAUUUAUAUAAAAGAAAAUGCUCCAUAUCUUUCUUAUUCCAUUGUGUGAUCAAUUCAAAGAAUGUGAUUCUUGUUACAUUCAGUUUCUUCAAUGAUUCCUCAAUUUAUUACACAACAUAAACUUUGUGAAUUUCACAUUUCUCAGCGAGCGCUGUGCAUAAAUGAGGCCUGAAUGCUAAUGCUACAUAAAUGCUGCAACGUUAUGUGAUGUUGCAGUGAUGACUGUGCAGACAGCAACUUGCUUCACAAGUUCAGUGUGAGUGAAAUACUGCUUGUAUUUCUGCUUAAAAUCUAAAAAAGGUUUAAUAGUGUUGAUUAUUUUUUACUCGUCUUACAUUCUUGCUGCUCAAGGUUUCCCAAUAAGCUGCAACCUCGGCUUCUUGCUUUAAUUCAGACCAAAACAAGCCUUUUUUAAUGUGGUGUAAAUAUGAAGUUUUCUGUGUUCUAACAGUCGUUGCAUAUUAAUUUCUUCUCCUAGCAAUACAUCUUCGCAAUGCAAUACUCUGCCUAAUAAGAAUGUUAUUUCUAAAUAAUUUUGUGCACACAUUGGUCUCUAAUUUAAGUUGCCAUUUGCAGACUGCAGAGCCAUUGUGACUGACAUGUCUCUCAAGCAUAAGUCUAUUUUUGUGUUAAAAAUGUAACUGUAAAUAUUGGGGGUGAGUGUGCAAGAAUAAAAACAUUCAGAAGUGAA